UAUAAGCCUUAUAUGAUUCACUAUAUGAAGUAGGCCACAUCUUAUGCAAGUCUUUUAUAAGGUUUGGUUGAAUCUGAACCACCAGCCUCAGGAGGCUUGGCUUUACUGAACUGUUCUGAGCUACUUAUUACCAAUGAGAAGUGACUACCAGUGAGAGUAAAGGAUGCUGUUGACUGGGAUAUGACAGCAUGGUUAAUGCAUAAAAGGGUCUCUUAGGCAACUGGACCAGGGACUGUCCUCUCGUGACCAACUGUCAGCUGCAAUAUGAUGUGGGAUGAACAAAUUGACUGUUCCCAUUUGCAGCGUGGCAGAUGCCUCAAAAACUAAAAUUAGCACUGAAACAAAUAAAAACAACAUUGAAAUAAAUCCACUCUCAAAACUAACUGAAACGAACAUAGAAUUAAAACUGAAUGGAAAAUAAAAACCAAUACGGCUAUAAUAACAGACUACAAUCACUGCAAUUACAUCAGUGUGCUGGUUAAAAGCCACUUGUUGUGACUUAUGGUUUACUUUUCAUAUCUGGUAUAAGUGAUGACUCAUUUGUCAGUCCUGCUUACAGACGAGUUUGUUCUGUGUCAAACAGAACUCUCAUUGUGUCCUCUUUGCAGCCUGCAUUUCUUUCUGUGUUGUAUCAUAUCAUAACGUAACCCCUGAACAAAUCCUACCGUACAAGGAGGUUCACUCACCAUUUAUCUCUCCACAAGGACGAGGCUGUGUGACUUGCUUAUUGUGGUCUGUUCUCAAUGGACGUGUUUAUUGUUGAGUCUGGAAACUAGCAGGUUUUACUGUUUAUAGCAAGCUGUGUUCAUUUCAUGACCAAGCAGAAAUAUGUAAGAACACGUAAACUUGUGCAUGCGUUCACUUUACGCUUCAAAAAAAAAAAAAAGGCCUGUAAACCACACUUACUUAAUCAGCUCAUUACUGUAAGUGUGAGUUUCAUAAACAUUAUUUUUGCCAGCUCUAAUAAACAGGGCGUGUCAAUGCAGGUCAUUAUCUACCUACACCCCAGUUUUCCUAAUACCCUCUAUAAACAGCCACCUCUGAAACUACCUUUUCUUUAGGGAAAAACAUUUGAAGAUAUUCAGAAUGCAUUUAAACCUUUCCCCUUUUUUUUAAGAAGAAAGACUUAUGUGUAGACUCUCAUGAUGUGAUCUGUUUUUAAGGUUAAAAAAAAAGUAGUUGGGUUCAGCGAUGGUAUAAUAAUUUCACAUAGGAUAGUUCAGUGUCUGCAUGUAGCCUCUGAAACCAAAAUUUCAUUUUCAACCUCAGUUUUUCUUUAGAGUGGAAGAAUAACUAAAACAUCCGGAGAGAUGGAUGACCUGCAUGAACAUAACCAUGUGACUGAUUUAAGAUGCCGAAAGAUCAUUACCAAUUAGAGCUACUUUUUAUAGUGGAGCUGAUAGAAAUCCUCUCUGAUAACUUCUGUAUGAAUAAAAAUGUAAUUAAUUUACAUCAGAUUUGAUCAAACUACUCCAAAAAGCAUUUGAGGAUCAAAGUUAUUAUUAUUUAUUUAUUUAUUCUUUUUUUUUUCUUAGUAUUUAUUUAUUUUUUGUACUCAUGGGUCCAUAAAAUGUCAGAGAGAGGACUCAGCCUAAUAAGGUCAUAUCAGAAGCCCCACCAAUUAAAAAGAAGUUUGGUCUUGAAGGGGAGAGAAGCUAAAAUUGCUUUUUUAGAUUGAUGUUAAACUGAGGGGCUGCACCAAGGACAAAAACAUGGAGCUGGAAGUGAGGAUACAGGCGCCACCUUUAAUGUAUGUUAUCUGGGUGCUUAACAUAGAGAAAGUUGCACUGAAAUGGCAGCAGGAAUGUAGAUCUUUCUGACUUGAUCAGAUAGCAGAAAAGUGAAUGAGGGUUAGCUGCUGUGGAGCAAUCAGAGGCUGUAAGAAGAUAAAAAUGCUGAAGGUGGACCUGGGAAACACCACCCGCACUCACCUUCUUCUUUUGCACUUUUUACAUGAAGUAUGAUAAAUUACUAUACCUCAGUCAUACACUACUCACAAGAAUUAAAGGAACACUUAAAAAACUCAUCAAAAAAAUCAUGCUGGAUAUCGAUACUGAUACGGGCGAAGUAGAUACGCCCCAGUCAGAUGGUGGAUUCAAAUCCAAGACCUUCUUGGUGUGAGGAAGUUUUCGGACUUAAAAUUUAAAAAACUUGUAUUUCUCAUUAGCUAACAUGGAGUUUUGUUAUGCAGUGCAACUCCCUGUAAAUUUCCAAUCAUAUCCUGGUAUUGCAGGACUGUAUGAGACUGCUUGACCUUUUGUUAGCUUAAGGUAAAUUAACUGUACCUAACAGCAUGAAUUUAUCUUUUCUGUAAUAAAUAUCUGGAGAGCGGUUAGACUUGUAAACUUCACAUAAUGUCUGACUGCCAUAUAUAUUAUUCCUUGUGAAAAAGAGGAGGGAAUUUUGGAUUUAUUAUGCGACAGGGGAGCAGGAUGUAUGAGUAAAGGAUCUGGGUAUUGUCAUUUCAGACGUUUCCUUACAAGGUCAGGUCUUAUUGUUCAUGUUGCACUUUACAGACUUCCAGUCCCACGGGACUCUUUCUGCUCGUCUGUGGUGAAGAAUUUGCUUUGUUCCGGCUGUCUGAGAUGGCAUCUCCACUCAGUCAUUUUCCAGGGCCACAAUAACAAGUCUGUGUCUGAUUUAGCUCACAACAGAGUGAUAGUGGUACAUUUACUGAGCCUCAAAGCUUCAGUUUCAGCCCCAUUUUGUCUAUUUUUCAUCCAGCUGCAGUCUGAUUGUUGUGUAGAAAACUUGUGUUGAGGUUUUAAAAUGUUAAAGUGACUCUUUCCUCAUCACUAACACGGAGCCCUGAUCUGUGUCUGUGUGUGUAACACCUUUGUUGUUAUUUUAGGGAUAAUAUUGGAUAGUUGAACAGGGACCAGAAAGCUGUCAGGACCUGCUCCAGUUUACAGGUGUGGCCUCUGCACAGACAGCAGGAGGGAGGAGCUUGAUGCAGUGAGCCAUGUUUCUUUGUUUUGUUUUUUUAGGUUUUUUUUGCAUGCGGUGACUAAUUUGAGAUAGUGAGCAUAAUGUCAAAGGGGAGAGGCUCGUCGCAAGUCACACGAGAAUCACAAAGGUGUGGUUACGUGUGGGAAAAGCAUCUCGUAUUUGCACACGCCUCGACAAAACAAACGUGCUUCAGCGUCAGCGUGCGGCGUGCAGAAAUCACUCGGGUUUUCCAGAAAAACACAUUUUGGUCUACUUCAAAAACACAAUAAGGGUGUGAGCUGAGCUAAAGCUAAAUUGCACCUUCCAUCCACAAUUUGUUUUAAACUUGCCAGCACUAACUACGGCAUGCAGUCAAACACUAUAAUUCUCCCACACACUGCAUUUGCAUGAGCGCCAACAUGUUAUUGUUGCUGUUUGUGGAGUCUGAAAUACAAAAUUAGUCGAGUUUAGUCAAAGUCCUGCAUGAAAGUUUCGGAUCCUAAGUAUUAAUUUUUGCUUUUUUUUAUGGCCCACUGAGUUUAGUUUGUUUUUAAUUUUAUUUCCCUUGUAACUUAUGGUUAUUUUGGCUUUUAUUUGGGUAUUAUUAUUUUUUACUAUCUUUUCAUUCUUAUAUAAUAUGGGCGCUAACUCUCACUUGUUGCCAGCCUUACAUGGCCACUUGAGGAACUCUACUUUUUCAGUCAUUUUUCAGCAUCCGGUUUAGUUAACAAUACUGGUCGGAGUCUAAAUUGAAAUUGCUUGUCUUUGGUAACCUAUUUUUCAUUCAGAUAGCAAAUUGUUUAAAUUGAAAACAAGACAGUGACAUGAUACCAGAACGAUACGUAAUAUUGAGAUUGUGGUGCUAUAAAAAGGUGUGCAAAAGCAUUAUCAGUGGUACAGUUUUACACUGAGUAUAAAAUAGUUGCAUAAAGUAUAAAAUAUAAGCUCAAAUGAAGUGCUUAUGUAUGUUCUUGGUCUUUAGGACUAUAUAGUAGGGACUGUUAAGAAGUUGUUGUAUUGUAAUGUUGCUGUUGAAGGUUGUGUCUCUAGAGUAAAGCUCUUGAUGAAACUUUUUUUUUCCCUCCGUGCAGUUCACUUUAUUUUGUUUGUUUCUGCAGUUUGGAGCUGUCAGGGUUUCAUUCCCUACGAGGCCUCCUACAGUCUGGACUGGCUUCCUUUCAGGCAUUUGCUGUACAUGCCACUAACUGUGGAGUGAAUCAUUAAACUGUACAUGCGGCUUGUAGUGCGUUGUGGCAUUUGGUUUCCUGCUCUUAGUAUUAUUACAACGCUACCACAGUCACAAACCAGCCUCGUUAUUUUGUACUGAAAGAGACGUCUCCAAUACUCAGAAUGCGUGUCUGUGUUUGAUUCAGAUACGUGAAGGCUGCGCAGUGUUUCAGUGAACAAUCCAGUUAUACCUGGAAAAGCUUACUGGCAUCAGUGCAAGCAUUCAGCGGGGGGUGCAGAGCUUACGUUUGCUGGGCUUUGUUUUUCUAAAUAAGCCCAUGCACUAUGUUGGGUAUGCAGUGUGCUGAAUUGUUGUUGUAAGCAGAUUUCUUAAAAUUGUUUGUCUCAAGUGAGGAAAUGAUAGUUUAGAUCAGUGAUUCCUGAAGUGUGAUCCGUAGCCUCUUGAUGGACCAUGAAGGUACUGCAGCAGAGUUCAUGCAGGCCCUUAAAAAGUUUUUGAGUAAAAUGAAGAAAUUGGUGUCUUAAAAUCUAAUGUAUCUUUGAAAAGUGAAGUUACUUGCUUAGCAUGCCUGGGAGUAUGGCUGUUGGGAUGGCAUUAAAAUUCAUAGUACAGGAGAUAUCAAGAUGAAAAACAAAUUCAACUAAAGAUUAAUCAUUUUUAUGAGCACUCCAAUUCUCCAAGUAUAACUCUGACUUGUUCCUAAAAUGCAAAUCUUUCAUUAAAGCUUUCUGUAUUCCAGUGAAUAAAAUGUCAAAACUACCAUGUGGAUUUGACAGAGAGAGGUGAAGUGACAUAGUAUUAAUCAAAGACAAUGAAGACAACAUGUUAUCUUUCCAAAAGGGUAAUAAAUGUUUCCCAGCAAGUAAAUUAUAGUCAGGGCUGGAUUAGGGGACCCUAAACCCUCCCUUAGUUACGUUGGAAUAGGGUUUCCUUUGCUUCUGGGUUUCCCAUGAUGCACUGAGUGUUUCUUUCACCAAGUGCUUGCUCAGAGUCGGUCAGUCACAUUCAGGUGACUGUGAUUUGGCAUUGUAUGAAUAAAACUGAAUUGAACUGAGUGAUCUGAGUGAUGUUCUUCUAUCUUCUACCUUAAAGAACAUCUCUCUGAACGUGUUGAGUGUUCAGAGAACACUCAACACGUGGGGUUCCUGUUCCAGAGGGGCAUGAUUCAACACAAACCAUGUCCUUACACAAUUACACAUUAGCUAUUAGUGCCUAAACAUGACACUGUAGUUUUUAAGAUAUACUGAAGCAGCAAGUGGAUGUGGAAUAAGAAAACAAAUGAAGCAAGUUGAAACCACUUACUAGGGAUUAAAGUGAUAUCAUGCAUCCCGAGCUGCUGGUUAAUGGAGAUGUCACUGAUUGUUACAGUAGUAACUUCAGGUCUUAAGGUCAGUAACCCUGAGGGGUAAGGUAUCUAUCUAUCUAUCUAUCUAUCUAUCUAUCUGUAAUCUGAUCGAACCCGACAACCUUUGUGAAACCAGCCUUGUAAUGUAAUGUAUGGAUGUUGUUUUGAGACAUAAUACGGGGAGGGUCAGCCGUGAUGUUUAGAUUGUCAGCCUCCGAAAAUGAAAAAGGUUUCCAGGUGUUUCUGGUCUCUGGUCAGUGCAGCAGCCGGUGACUUGACAGCUGGUAUGCCACUCAGCCCAGGAAUGUGCUGGUCAUUACGUGCUGCUCACGGUUCACCUCUCUCACCCGAAACAUGACUGGUUUGAUUGUAGGAUUUGCUGAAGGUGGUCUUUGUGAGUGCCUUUUUAGAGAGCAAAUACAGCCCAACAGUUUACCUGAAAAGUGCAGGUUUGGCAACCUCACCUUUUGUUGUUGUUGUUUUUAAUGCUCCAUCUUUUCAGGUCACUAACAUGUGCUUUCUUGUUACAUUUAGGUUUUUAAUCGUAGAUAUUGCAACAAAUGUUAAUGAUAUCAGCUGCGUUUGUUAAACCUGUGAAGAACAUAAUCCCACAGCUGAGCCUCACAAUGCAGACCUUGUUCAGAUGGAUUGUACGCUUGAUUGCUUCCCUCACAAUAGAAGACUGUGAAUUUUAUUGCCUUCCUAUCAGCUUUAGGGUGCAACCUUUCUUCACUAAUCUUCUUGCCUGUCACCAGACCUCUUGCUGGUGGUGCCAGAGCACAUUUUUAGUCGGGGGGGAAAAAAACACUCAGGAAUUUGUGCUUGCUCUCCAUCGCACAAAGUUAAAUAUUCUUGUAAGAAAUUGAUUUUUUUUUUUUUUUUUGAAGGUGCCAACACAGUUGUUGGAUAGGAUUUUUGUUAAUUUCCCAACUAUUUAUUUAAGAUGUGUGACAUUAGCUCACACACUGCGGGCAAUAACCUAAUAGAACAAAUGACACAUCUGCCACUUCUCUACUUCUCAGCAUCAGUAGAUUCUAGUGCAGAGGUGGGCAAUCUUUUUUUUCUCAUAGGGCCAGACUGACUUGGAUACAAGAAGCAAAAUGCCAAAGAUUGACAAGGCAAAAAAACCCAAGACACAUAGUGGUGAAGAGUGUCUACAAAUGUCUUCAUUUUCUGUGACCCAUGUUACUUUAAUGUAAUUUUGAUACCAUCACAGAAAAGAUCUGUAUCAACAAAUAAAGAAAACCUCUAUUUAUGAGCACAUGGUACUACAAAUAUAGUGAAGUUAGUGAAUUACUUUCCACCAAGAUUUUUCAUGGGUUUUAUUUUUUUAUCUGUCUGAGACAAUCAGAUGGUUUAAAAAUUGAGCCCUAUCUUACUUUGAAACUUAAGUUGCUGUUUUUCUGCUUUCCUGUGAUAGUGAUGGUCCCCAUAGUCCACCACCCCAUAGUCAGACAGACUUGAAGUCCACCAUGAUGGUAGUUUUUGUUCUGUUCUGGAGAGCCUCUGUGAGCUGGAGAGUCACUCUAACCAGAGCCUGCUGCAGGUGGAGAUGCCUCCCCAGAAAAAAGGCAAACGUUCUGGCUCUUAUUGCUUUAUGUUUUGGGUGGCUGACAUAGUUUCAUUUGCCUUUUAGGUUGUUAGUGUUAGAUAAAGAUGGUUUGCAAGCCAUUUUCAGCCCUUGGGCCAUAUUUUGCUCUUGUGUGAUGUCGUUAAUUAGGAACAUGCACUGGUAACCUGGAUGUUUUCUGAUAAUUAAUGUCAGAAAGGUUUAAUUUUAAAGGGCAAUAUCAACCUGUCAGUGACUUUUCAAAAGAAAUUACAACGUAAGGUUUCCUUUUUUCUUUUUUUUUGCUUUCUCUGCAUUUUGAUACCAGGCUCAUCUUCAGAAAUAAUUUUCUAAUUUACUUUGACACCAGUUAUAAGGCUACACUUAGAGUAAGAAGCACAAUUUAAUGCAAAGUCUGUUGUUGUUGCUGAUGUUCCUUCCUUAGCCAUGCUCUAUAAUGGAGGCUUUCGGGAAACUGGGUGCCCUCACACCCUAGAGAUCAACCUGUUGCCAUAGUAAUGGUAUAAAUGCAUGUCUGCCUCACAACAGGGGAGAUGGGAAGGGAAGAGAAAAGUCCGGCAUUUCAUCCCAUCAUUAGCAUAUUAGCCCUUUGGAGCCAAUGAGACGGGGCAAGGUACGGGCUGGCUGUGACAAUAGCCCUCCUCCUCCAUUUCUGCCCACUCCUGCACCCCCUCUCAGGGGAAAAACCCAAGUAAUCCUGAAGGAAAUCUCCUCUCUGCUCAGCCUAAAUCUAUCAGGAGGACUUCGUUUUAGUAAUGGCUAUUCUGUGUUGAAUAUUGCACGUGAGCUAUCCCUGGCCUGUGAGUUUGGUGGUAUGGAUGAUACCCAGCGGCCUGUGUGCCUCUUUAUUUCGGCGCGUCUUUGAAGUGGCAUUGGAAUGUGGUGCCUGACCAGCACAUGGACGCAGCUGGUCCUUCAAACUGAUUUCCAGCCUGAUAUUAUAGGAGUAUCUUUAAAAAAGCAGAUUUCCUUCUUUGUGUCAUUUCUGAAUUCCUUCGUGCAGAUCUUUGGAAUAUGAAAAUGGUGGAUAUUGUAGCUCAGAAAAUGCCCUCAGAGAAUGACGUGCUUGUGGCGAGAAGCUUUCUUACGAAGAUUUUGCGAAGUUCCAUGAGAAAGCAGCACCUAAAAGGGAGGAAUGAACCUAUAAGUAGGCCUCACUCCUGGCACUCCACCAAGUUCAAUGAAAGCCAACCAGGGACUGCCAAAACACAGUCUCCACCCGCGGCAGUCUGGCACACUCACUAUGAUGCAAGCUCGUCAUCGGCCAAUCUCUCCACCAGCUGGGAGCAAACAAACCUGCGCAGAGUGUCCGACCAGUUCAGUUCUCAUGGCAGCAUGGACAGCCUAGAGCAUGUGUCACACCCAUACGCCGCUGGUCAGCUCUCACACGCCAAAUCAAACCACAGCAUGGAGCAACUCGGAGGAGGGAAAAGGGACUCUGCCUACAGCUCUUUCUCCACCAGCUCCAGCACGCCGGACUACACCCUCUCAAAAAGCAAUGCUGCUUCAACAGAGAACAUGGUCUACAAAGUCGGGCAGUGGGAGGGGGGAGGAAAGCACAACAGCAGUGGCAGAAAUGGCCACAGCCUGGCUGCAGAGGGAGUCAGACAGGAUGACAGGCUCACGUAUUUUCAGAUGCCAGGCGUCAGCUCAGGCUGCGAUGGUCCACAGACCGAGGAACCGGCUGGUUCCCACCAUUCAACUUCAAGUAGAACCAGCUUUGGGCCUGUUUGGAACGUCCCCGAGAAAAAGAAAACUGCUUCUUCUUCUCCUCCGCCUCCACCACCACCCACACGCAGUGAUAGUUUUGCUGCUACUAAAGUCCAUGAAAGAGGGCUGAUGAUUGCUCACCCCGAAGGAAUCGAUUCCCACCUGCAAUCCAGAGCUUCAUGUGAAAAUCGCUGUCACAACAUUUCCCCGAAGAACGACCAUGACAGUUUUUACUUUCAGUCCGAAAAAUCCCAUCAGGACCAGUUCACUUCAAACAAACGGUAUUCCCACUCCAGUGAUGUUCGGCAGCCCACCCAUGUUAACCAACCUUACCAUCAAAGACACCACAGCGAGAAAACCACUUUUCAUCCUCAGCCUUGGGCUACUUCUGCACCAAAGCCAAAGAACGUAGGUGGGUACUAUUACAGCAUGCAGGAGGUAUCUGCUAACGGUUCAACGCAACACACUGGCCAGAGCCAGAGAAAGAACUUAAGUUCCUCUACAGGCCCUGACCAAAACACAGAGAGCAGCGGGCACAGCCGUUACUACUGUGUGACUACAUGCCAGCCCACACAGCCGAACCCUGUGUCUUUGUCAGGAAUACCAGAGGACAGGGGCUGUGCGACAUAUCUGCCACAGACUGGAAAUGAGCGAACCUCCCACAGUCCGCUGACGGUUGCUAAAGUGAAGUAUCAUCUGCCCCAACAGCAGCAGCACUCACACACUAAAGACACCAAUGGGUACAGCAAGCACCAAGUCACUAGUGUACAUGAAAACCCAGCACUUAAAACGGGCUCAGAAGAUUGGGGAGGCCAGAGAGGGAACAAUACACAGACAGAAGAAUCUCGGCACAGCAGUCAGUCUGAACAGCGCCGGCUUCUACCACUGCAGCACAGAGAACUGCCCCAAGAAGUCAAGCACGACAGCCAAAAGAGCAACAACAUCUCCCCCCAGGCCAACCCCAUGCUCCACUCACUGUCUUUGGAUGUCGCAGGGCAAGAUGAUAGAGGAAGAGGCGGUGCAGUUUCUGACGAGUCCACUGAAGCUAAGCAGUUAAAGCGCGAAGACCGCUUUGCCACCACACUGAGAAACGAAAUCCAGAUGAGAAGAGCAAAGCUGCAGAAAAGUAAAAGUGCAGCUGUCCUCCCCUGGGUUGAGGGUCAGGCUAAAGAAGAUCAGGACAUCCGGAAGUCCACCGAAAGUACAACUCCAACCUCCUCCUCCAGCUCCUACAAGGACCACCUGAAGGAAGUGCAAGAGAGGGUGCUCAAGGCUACAUCUUUCAGGAGGAGAGACCUGGAGCUAGUUUUACCAGAGCACUCUAAUGCUGAGGCUUUACCUAACUACCCAUCCUCGGCACAUGCUCGCAAAGAUGUCACGCCUCUGCCAGCUGUCACACAGUCAGCAACGAGCCAUUCAGGAGGUCAGGUGACUCGCACUGGUGGUCGAAAGCAUUUUCCUGCAGAAAAGAAAGUUAAGUCUUUCUCUGAACCAGACAAAAUUCACAAAGUGGGGACGAAAGAGGGUGUCGCUCCAAGUGAUAAUACAAGCUCCUCAUUAGACCAGCAGAAACUCUUUGAAGACUGUAAGAAACCAGGUCUACCUCACCACAUGCCCCUUGAGAGCCAUAUCAAGCGCCAAAGUCGAGAACCCGCCUCUGUUGGUGCAACAGAGAAUGCAAUGAAAGGAAUCAAAGGUAGAGAUUACGCUGAGGAGGCCUUCAGAGUUUCUACACAAAAGCAGUCCAUCCAAGACCAGCAAAGACUGGGCACGUUUGCCGAGUAUGAGGCCAGCUGGAAUACACAGAAGAAACCUUCAGAGAAAAGGGUCUCUGGACGGUACAAGUCAGCUGAUAACAUACUCGAUCCAGGAACCGAGGAGAGAGCCAGAACCACCUGUUCCCAUGAGAGGUUCAGAUCGUCUCCAUCUACAGAAGUCUACGAACAGAAGAUUCCAGUUCCUGCAAAGAAGUCAGAGGCAGAGUAUUCAGAGCCGGAGAGUAAACCUGCUGAACCACUCAGCUCUGACACAUGGUUCCCUGACAGAGCUCCAGGUGAUUGUAAAGUGAGAGACAAGCCUGCAGAGUUUGAACAUUACUCAGCGCCACCCCCUCCUCCCAUGACGGGAGCAGACCCCGACUGCAGACACAGAGCUGCUGCUGCCACCCUCAGCCACAGACCCACAUCUAUUUCUCUCGAACUCACAGAGACUGCCCCCCCUCAGCCUGAGGACCACAGUCACACAGACCCGCACUCUGGACUCUGGAGAAAGCCCCCUGCACUAGAGAACCCUCUGCCUCCACCCAGAUGCCCAGAGGUCGACUCCCACGAGUCCUCCGCCGGUUCCCAGAGUGAAGGCUUAAACCUCUCUGAUCAUAACUCCGCCUUCAACCACACCCACGCUGUUAAAGGAGACUCUGAGCAGGGCAAAGGACAAGGGGCAGGACAUCAUCUCUCAGCCUCUCCCUCUGCGUCCUCCUACAGACCUUCAGGGCUGGCCAGCAUGGAGGGGCACCGCUCACCAUCUCCUCAGUUUUCCCCACAGAGACUCAGCGACAGGCCUCCGGUCUCUCUUCAGGAUGAAUUCUCAAACAGGAUGGAGCAUGUGAUAGAAAACCAAAGCUCUGCAGUGAGGAAAGUGCCCAUCAGGAUUGUGCACUCGGGAGGAAAUGCAGAGAAGGAAAAUACACCGUUUUUGCAGCACAGCAGCCCCCCUGCCAUUGAAGCCGAGGGGCACGCCGUGACUCGGCUCGGCAGCCUCGGAGCUGCAGGUCAGGACUCUGUCUUCUGCGCCUUCACCAGGCAGAAGGAGCCCGAUGGCGUCCCACACCCUCAAAAGCAACAGAUGCCCCAGAGGGACACAUACAUGACCACUAUAGGAGAUCACCUCCAACCGCCGCCACCCACAGACGUGUCCAGCAGCAAUAAAUUGGCGACAAACACAGGAGUGUCCAAGGCAGAGGAUCAGAAAAGAGAGGAGCUGGCCAGGGACAUCAUGGGGAAGGAUAAGUCACUAGCAGAUAUUCUGGAUCAGAGCAAGAUGAAGACCACAAUGGACUUGAUGGAGGGCAUCUUCCCUCAAGGGGAGCAGCUGGUGGAAGAAGCUCACCAGCGCAGGAAGGUGCAGCCGAAGCAGACAAACUCCCGGCCCGCUGAGGAAAGGGAAAAGGAGGACAACGUGGCAGCAGCUACCUCGAUGGUGACCAGCUCUGCAUAUUACAGCACAUCUGCUCCCAAAGCUGAGCUCCUUAUUAAGAUGAAGGGCAUGCAGGACCAGGAGCAGGAGGAGGAGGACUCUGAAGAUGAGCUGGACAAUGAUUUGGCCAAUAAGAAGCAAGAGCUGAUCGACAGCCUCAGCAAGAAGCUCCAGGUGCUCCGGGAGGCCCGGGAGAGUCUUCAGGAGGACAUCCUGGACAACAACGCUCUGGGAGAAGAGGUGGAAGCCCAGGUCCAGCAGGUCUGCAAACCCAACGAGCUGGACAAGUUCAAGAUGUUUGUGGGGGACCUGGAUAAAGUGGUGAGCCUUCUGCUGUCCCUGUCGGGGCGCCUGGCCAGAGUGGAGAACGCCCUCAACAGUCUGGAGGAGGAUGCUACGCCAGAGGAGAGGCGUACGCUGAUUGAGAAGAGGAAGCUGCUGAUCCGACAGCACGAGGACGCAAAGGAGCUGAAGGAGAACCUGGACCGCAGAGAGGGUGUGGUUUACGAGAUCCUGGCGAGCUACCUGCAGGAGGACAGCCUCGCGGACUACGAGCACUUUGUGAAGAUGAAGUCGGCGCUCAUUAUCGAGCAGCGCAAGCUCGAGGAUAAAAUCAAGCUGGGCGAGGAGCAGCUGAAGUGUCUGAUGGACAGCCUGCCCAUAGAGCAGCGGCUGGCCCUCUGAGGAGGACAGACACUGCUGGGUCUGAGAGUCACGUGGUUUCGGCUGCACAUGAGCCCUGUGGCCAGCAGAUGGCGGUAUAGUUAAGAAAAUCUGCACAUAAACAGCCUAUUUGGUGCAUUUUCCUGACUUUGUGAGCAUGCGUGUACAUGACAACCACAAAAAACUCCACAAAACUUUCUUUUUGUAAAGAUGGUGGUAUUUUUUUUUGGGGGGGGCAACCAACCACUAAUGCCCUUUUAUGAUAUUUUUGCUUUGUUUCUUAUGAUUUUAUUUUUUUUUAGUAAUUUAUUAUAGCCUUUUGAAUCUGGAGGAGACAGUAUUUUAUCUUCAACCGAUUUAGCUGAUGCGUGCUACACACUGAGCAUUUAAGAGUAUUUAUCAAGUAUAAAUGUCACGAGAUCUGUCAAAUCUGGCUAAAUAUGUCAGUAAAUUCAUCAUUCUUUACCUUUUACACUCAAACUAGUGGCCUUUUUUUUUUUUUUUUUUUUUUUUUAAA